AUGGAUAACGACAAUCCAACGCCCUCGUCGUCGAAUUCAUCGAACCUAACCGUCGAGGAUAAAUUGCAGAAAAUACACAUUUCCUCGUCGACCGACGACGAUGAUUCCGAUACGACCAAAUCAUUUUACAGCGAUUCCGAGCCCGAGUCUUUGUCAUCCAUCAAUUUUCCGGUACAGUACAAGCUCCCGUCGCGGAACCACGCAGUGGUCCACUCUUCGGCGAACCGCACUCUAAUGAAUCGCAUGGCUCCCUCCAACAAAUCCGUUAGAAUGAAGCACGGAACGACUGCACUUGAUAUAAUCGUACCCGUGAUCCGCGGCACGACCACGCCAUCGACCAGUGGUACGAGUCAACGCAACACGACCACGCCAUCGACCAGUGGUACGAGCCAGUGCAACACUACCACGCCAUCGACCAGUGGUACGAGCCAGCGCGACACGACCACGCCAUCGACCAGUGGUACGAGCCAGUGCAACACGACCACGCCAUCGACCAGUGGUACGAACCAACGCAACACGACCGCGACAUCGAAAAGCGAUACAAGCCAACGCAACGCGACCGGGACAUCCAAAAGUGAUACGACAACGCAGAUGAACAACAGCACACCAGCAAAUAGUACAUCCCUGGCUUCGACGUUGUAUGUGCCUGCGCUAUGGAUGUUCCCAUCUGCAUCAUCAUCCCGUACUGUAUCCACGGCUAACAAGCCCAAGGCACCAAUACCUCCCCCGAGGCCGAGGUCUUCUCUUCCACCAUAUACUGCUCCGCCACGGUAUGUUGAACCAUCUAACAGAUUUCAAACUUCUAAAUAUACUAAAACGUCUCAGCGUCCCAUACCACCCUAUAGGUAUCCAUAUCCCAGUCCGCGCUAUACUACACAGCCCUCCUCACUGUCUUAUACGUACCGCUCUCCUUCGCUUACUUAUACAUCACAAUCUUUCAACACGUCCAAUAUGUCUCAAACUGCCAUGAUUUCUAUAAGAUCACAGUCUUCUGCGCCAUCCUGUAGAUCAAAUUAUCCUACACCAAUCAAAAGUACUCCAACUUCCGUGCCAUUUUAUUCGUUACAGUCUUCAUCGCGGACCAUCGUGUCUCAGACUUUCUCAUCUUCUUUAAGGUCUCAGACUUCCAAAACGUCCAACACGUCUCAAAUCUCUAUACAUUCUAAAAAGUCUCAGUCUUCCACACCAUUCUAUAAGCCAAGAUAUCCCUUACCAAACGAAAUCACCCCGUCUUCUACGGAAUUGCAUACAUCUCAGUCUUCAUUGGCUAUUUUGUCUAGGACUUCCAAAACGUCCAACACGUCUCAAAUCUCUAUGCAUUCUAAAAGGUCUCAAUCUUCUACACCAUUCUAUAAGCCAAGAUAUCCCUUACCAAACGAAAGCAUCCCGUCUUCUACGGAAUUGCAUACAUCUCAGCCUUCUUCGCUAACCAACACGUCUCAAACUUCUAACACUAUCAACACGUCUCAAACUUCCAACACUAUCAACACGUCUCAAACUUCUAACACUAUUAACACGUUUCAAACUUCCACACCAUCCCGUUCUCUCUCAUGUUCUAAGCCAUCUGGUAGCUCCCAAUCUUCUGCGCCAAUCAACAAGUCUCAGCCAUCCUCACAGUCACAAACGACCCAGUCAUCUACGUCAACCAUAACUUUGACGUCUUCCUCAGUGCGCUUGACUCCGCGGUACGAACGUUACAGAGCUGAAAUGACUUACUCACAUUUCACGUUUCCACGGUCAACACACUACCAAAAGCCUAAAUUGAAAAAGUACUAUACGGUUAUGCCACAGUCGUCCACAAAAAACUUAUAUCCGUUGACUGUGUGCAAACCGAGACGCAAUGUCUGGCCUACAGAAAUAGGCUCCGUAGUACAAGUUUCGAUGCAAAAUAUUUGGUCGGUUUUGGUCGCCCAAUUGCAUAAAUCGUUGCCAUCGUCCACCACCGUCAACUUGCAGAAUCCAUCGCAACCAUCCACCAUCAAAAGCGUAGAUAAAAAGGCCUUGUUGCCACCCGUCGCCCCAUCUGCUAACAAUCAGCCGCUGCUGAACGUUGAUCCGGAGUCGUCUGAUUCGAAAGAAACAGAAUCCAAAUUAUGUGUCAAGAAAAGCCACUCUUAUCCUGUGGUGGAUUUGCUGCCGUUAUACUUACAUGGCAUCGAAAAAAAAAGAUGCCCUAGAGAAACAUAUCAAAAAUGA